GGGAGCCCGCGCUGCGCCUGCAGCUGCCAAGGGAGCGUUCCGAGCCCACGUCAGGGGAGGUGUUGGGAUAAAUAGGGUCUCGCAAUGGCCAUGGCUGGCUGCACUACGAUCUGCGGGGUCCUGGACUGCAGCUACCCCGGCGGGGUCGUGCUCUGGAGGCUGAGGACUGGCGCUGCCGGUGCUCCGUGCGCCGGACCGCGGAGACCAGCGGCCGAACCUCCGGACCCCGCAUUGCUGAACGCUUGAGAUCUGGUGUGAAAUUUUUCCUGCUGUCUGGAAGACUUCUUCCUGGGAGAAGGGACGGCGAGAACCUGGGGGAAGCGAAAAGAAAAGCAUCUUUUCUGCCUGUCGGUGUCGCGCAGUGGGGAAGUCCAGCCAUGCUUCUGUCUCUCCUGGUGGCGUUAUGCCUGUGGCUGCGCCUGGCGCUGGGUGUACGCGGCGCGCCCUGCGAGGCGGUGCGCAUCCCCAUGUGCCGGCACAUGCCCUGGAACAUCACGCGGAUGCCCAACCACCUGCACCACAGCACACAGGAGAAUGCCAUCUUGGCCAUCGAGCAGUACGAGGAGCUAGUGGACGUAAACUGUAGCGCGGUCCUGCGCUUCUUCCUCUGUGCCAUGUACGCACCCAUUUGCACGCUAGAGUUCCUGCACGACCCCAUCAAGCCAUGCAAAUCGGUGUGCCAGCGUGCGCGCGACGACUGUGAGCCACUCAUGAAGAUGUACAACCAUAGCUGGCCCGAGAACUUGGCUUGCGACGAGCUGCCCGUCUAUGACCGUGGCGUGUGCAUCUCACCUGAGGCCAUCGUCACCGACCUCCCCGAGGAUGUCAAGUGGAUAGACAUCACUCCAGAUAUGAUGGUACAGGAGCGGCCUCUUGAUGUUGACUGCAAGCGCCUCAGCCCUGAUCGAUGCAAGUGCAAAAAAGUCAAGCCAACCUUGGCAACAUAUUUGAGCAAGAACUACAGUUAUGUUAUUCAUGCCAAAAUAAAAGCUGUGCAGAGGACUGGCUGCAAUGAAGUGACAACAGUGGUGGAUGUAAAAGAGAUCUUCAAAUCCUCAUCACCCAUCCCUCGAACUCAAGUCCCACUGGUUACAAAUUCUUCCUGUCAGUGUCCCCAUAUCCUACCGCAUCAAGAUGUUCUCAUCAUGUGUUAUGAGUGGCGCUCAAGAAUGAUGCUUCUUGAAAAUUGUUUAGUUGAAAAGUGGAGAGACCAACUUAGUAAAAGAUCCAUACAGUGGGAAGAGAGGCUGCAGGAACAGCAGAGAACAAUCCAAGACAAGAAGCAAACCACCGGGCGCACCAGCCGUAGUCAUCCCCCCAAACCAAAGGGAAAGCCACCUGCUCCUAAACCAGCCAACACCAAGAAGAACAUUAAGACUAGGAGUACUCAAAAGAGAAAAACCCCAAAGAGAGUGUGAGCUAACUACCUUCCAGAAUGGCGAUCUCCUUCCAGGAUGAGGCCAGGCAUUGCCUGGAACACACCCCUAGCCCUAACGCCUCCCUGCAGCACUCUGUGUAGACACAUCUUGCAGCAAUUUUCUUAGCAUUGUGCUUCACUUUUUCUGUCUAAGACAUCACAGAGUGACUUAACAGCCAUCAUGGUAGUUUGCCUUUGGAAUUGAAGGAUUAAGUAAAGCUGGUGGAAAAUGCCUAGUACAUCCUGAGUAGCCUGUGUGUAUGUACUCUGAAUGAUAUUCGGGGAAAAGUUCUUACAGUUCGGCCUAGGACAUACAUUAUGAAAUGAAUGCUGUGUUUCAAACAAAACCCUUAAUGGUUAAUAAUAUUUUUAUUUCUGUUGAUUUAUUAAAAUGUUAGCAAUAUCUGAAAAUGUAAUAGAAGAUAAAAUGCUUCCGAGGAAUAAGAGCAAAUCAUGUAAAAAGAGCUUUAUGUGUUUUUCGUCUACAAGAAGAGUUUUGUGAUGAAGGAGGAUGU